CCGCGGCAUUCUGGGAAAUGCAGGCAGUAUGACGCCAGGCAAAGAACUCCAAAUUAGACAGUCGGCGUGUUUCAGGUCCGACAGCAUUCCUCAAUCCAUACUGCGAGUGUGUGUAGGGUUUAAUGACAUGUAACGUGAGCAGGAUAACCGACUUGCUUUCCUCUUGGACGGACACAAACCAGAGCAACAAUGGCCGGCGAAAAUGUGAGUGUGAUCUUCAAGCUGUACUGCCUGACGGUGAUGACUUUGGUGGCAGCCACAUACACAGUGGCACUGCGAUACACAAGGACCAUUUCAUCAGGAGAUAUGUACUUCUCCACAACUGCAGUGUGCAUCACCGAGGUCAUUAAAUUAAUACUGAGUCUGGGGAUGCUGGCGAAAGAAACAGGAAGCCCCACCAGACUGAGGAACUCCAUUGUGGAACAUGUGUUCUACAGCCCAAAAGAGUUGCUGAAGCUGAGCGUGCCCUCUGUAGUGUAUGCAAUUCAGAAUAACAUGGCCUUUCUUGCACUGAGUAACCUUGAUGCAGCAGUUUAUCAGGUGACCUAUCAGCUGAAGAUCCCAUGCACGGCCUUGUGUACAGUCCUCAUGUUGAACCGCUCUCUCAGCCAGUUGCAGUGGUUCUCGGUCUUCAUGCUCUGCGGGGGCGUUACACUCGUACAGUGGAAACCUGCAGAAGCAACGAAAGUCCAGGUUGAGCAAAACCCUUUUCUUGGCUUCAUGGCCAUUGCUAUUGCUGUCCUUUGCUCGGGAUUUGCAGGUGUAUACUUUGAGAAGGUGUUGAAGAGCUCUGACACGUCGCUGUGGGUGAGGAACAUACAGAUGUACCUGUCCGGCAUUUUGGUGACACUGAUUGGUGUCUACAUGACGGAUGGCGAAAAAGUCUUGGAAAAAGGCUUCUUUUUUGGCUAUACACUCUGGGUGUGCUUCGUAAUAUUCCUUGCCAGCGUGGGAGGUCUGUACACGUCGAUAGUGGUUAAAUACACAGACAACAUCAUGAAGGGCUUCUCUGCUGCAGCUGCCAUUGUUAUCUCAACUGUGGCAUCCGUCAUUCUGUUUGGACUACAGAUAACAAUCACAUUUGCCUCUGGUGCCCUCCUCGUGUGUGUUUCCAUCUACUUAUAUGGAAUUCCAAAGCAAGACACAUCUAAGCUGACCCUGCAAGACGCAGACAAGGAAUCCAAACAGAGACUGAUCACUGUGUGAGAGGCCUGACCUGCAGCAGAGACACUUCUAUAGCUGACGGACCAGGUGUGCUUCUGAGGGUAGAGGGAUCACUGUUUCUGGGGACAUAAAAAAAAAAGCUCUUGCACUGGAGAGAUUAAGGAGCCAAUUCAGUUAUUUUUCCAAAUGAACACUCAGUUGGGCUGACUCAGUGUUCAGUUCAUCACACAGAUGACAGUUUUUGUUCCACUUGAAUGUAGGUCUGCUCUUUUGGUCCAGCCUACUUCCACUCACAUAGGACUGGUGACAGUACUAUGGAUUUAAAGAUGAUUUAAAGAAAUAACUGUUUUUUUUAAAUUCCAGACGGAAGAAUCUUUUAGUUGAUAACAAUAAAUAGACAAUUUUUUAAACUGGCCCUUACAGUUAGCUGGGUUUUAAAGUUUGUAAAUAAUGUAAAGCAAUCACUGAAGUCUUGUCAUUAAUCUUCAGCCUCACUGGAGCGACUGGUAGUAACAGCACCUUGUUACUUUGAUGCCUUCAUAUAUCUGUUAUAGGAGGCAUAUAAAUAUCACAACUCCUUAUCAUGGAGUUUUUUUGCUCAAUUAGUAAUUAGUCUGUUUUAAACGGUGCAACGUGUAUUAUGUCUGUAUCACAUAGUGCUGAUUUUGAAUGUGGCCAAAUUACAGGAAAAUAUACUUGAAAGAAGAGUGACGACCGACUGCACGAGUGAUUAUGUUUAUAUUAUCUCUUCAGUGUCUUGUGUCUUUUGUAUCAGUGUCAGAUCCUGCACUGAAAGUCAUUUUAAAGCUUUUAUUAAAACUGAAAUGUAUUAAAAGCGA